CAUCAACCGUCGGUAAAACUCAGCCCAACAGAAUGCGGGAAAAAAAAAGAAUUCGAGGGCGCAAUUUUUCGCCCCCUUGGAGAGCCCGAACGUGGAGCGACCCAAAAGAGCUUCUUUCUGUUUUCCCCAUUUGUUUAGACGCAAGGUGCCGAUAUGCAACUGGCGAAUACUUCGUCCCAUUCCACUCUCAUCACAUUGCAUGAUGCCGUCAAGGAUUCUCCGGUAUUCAGAGCCAGCGUCUAUCAUUUUGAUGAGCAGCUGGAACUGUUGGAGAAAUGGCUGGAUUCUGUCUCCAAACAGGUCAAGCUUUACUGCGACAAAUUGAAUAAAUUCAACCUCGAGACCAACGCACUUUGUAAAAAGGCUAUUCCUCACGGUCUCGACGAAGCUUUGAUAGAUCCAAAUUUUACGGGCGCUGUAAUCAAAAGCUUCUCGGACGCCCUUCAAACAAGCUUAGCCUUCAAAACCAAGUUGGUGACCGAUUUGGAAGACAACUUUAUUCAACCACUGCAUCAAUUUGUGAAGACUCACCUCAAAGAAAUCAAAGAUUUCCGCAAGCAACAUGAUAAAGCGUUGGAACGUUACGAAACCCAGCUUUCGAGAUACGCGAGCCAAAGCAAGGCAAAAGAGGUAUCGGCUGUUCGUGAAGAAGCAUUCCGUUUACAUGAAGCUCGUAAAGCCUAUAUACGGUUAUCAGGUCAAUACGUUGUUCGUAUUCUUCACUUUCGCUCUUUGCUCGAGCAUGUGCUCGUCGAACGCUUCUCCUUUGCGACCAUGGCCCAUUUAAAAGAUUUCGACGGAGGUAUGGAAGUGUGGCAGUCACUGACGAGCAGCUUAGCGUCGUGGAAGCAAUGGCUUAUUGAUGAUAAGGGCACCUGCAAUUAUCAGUUGCAUGCACUUCAGAUGGCGCGGAAAAAGUUGGAGGAUGAAUACAUUAGCCAAACGCAACCUCCGCGAGAUUUGGAAAAAUAUACCCCGAUCCACGGACCGAAUGCUGCUCUGAACAGCCGUCAUUCCCUGGAUUUUUCAACCGUGCUCACGGACCAAACAAAUCACAAAUGGGGUUACUUGCUCACUCGGGGUUCACGUAAUUACUGGAAUCGAAAAUGGUUUUUCCUGUAUGAUGGCUAUUUUGGUUACUGCAACAUCAAUAACUCGGCCAAGGUGAAGGGCGCCAUUACGGCGGGGUUGCGCGUGUCCGUUCUUUUAUGCGAAAUUAAACCGAUGCAGGACAUUGAUCGCCGUUUUUGCUUUGAGGUUUUGUGUGCCCAACAAGCUCCGAUCGCAUUGCAGGCCGAAACGGAAGAGGAAAUGAGGGAUUGGUUGGCCAGUUUUGAAAAAGCAAAGCGUUUAAUGCUGCAAAAUGAAGAGCUGGAUCUACACACGCUCGGACAGACCGCUGAUCCUGGAUCCUUGUCCGCCGCAUCGGAUCCUUCCACACCAAGGCCCUCCAUGCAUCAAAUCUCGGAAACCAAGUCCGGUACUAAGCUUUCAUUGAAUAACUCUUCGACGACCAUGCCCAUUUCUGCUAUGAGCAGUACUUCCACAUUGGCCGUCUCCAAAUCCAGCGGGACCUCGACUAGUGCCACGCGACCUUCUAUCGUGAUGUUAUCCACGUCUCCUGAGCAUCAAAAUACCGCAUCUUUGGACUCCGCUGCUUCUUUGACACCCUUGUUGGCUUGGGAAGCGGCUCGUGCAGCACCAACCACGUCCAGCGGUCCGUCCUCCGUUCCUUCCUCCCCGGCCUUUCCCUCGCAAUCGGUAUCCUUUGCCGCCGAAAAUCCGUCCAACGGCAAUUCCGCUGCAACCAAUCAGCCAUUCUCGUCCCAACCUCCGUCAUCCUCGCAGCAGCCGCCCUCGUCACAAACCUCGUCUUGGGGUAUACCAUGGACCUUGGUACCUAGCAUGUUCCACAACAACAAUGAAGAUACAAACCUUGAUAAUCCACUUUCUCCUACUGGUACUGGCGCUUCCAAUAACUUUGCUGACGUGGACGGAUGUCAAAUCAUUUGGCCUACACAACAUGACGAUUCGAAUACACCCAAAGUCGACUUGACAGGUUAUGACCCAUCGUUGGAAGUUCGAAACCGGGAGCUUCGUCAUCUCUUUGGAGGAGUAGCAACCCAUGAGGUGGUGCUGGACACCUUUUUAAGCACAUUGAAAAAGAAACCUCAGAUGAAUGCCACCGAGACUAAAUUGCCGGAACCACCGUCAUCACCUGUCGCUGCGGGGACGGGUUUGGAUACAUUGGAACAGGAAUUCAGUUUAAAGCUGCAGGAACCUGUUACACCUCCAUUAUCGGAAUUCGGAUAUUCGUACACCGGCCGUGCAUUUAUUACGCAGGAAGCUUUCUGGUUCUAUAGCUGCAUCAUGAUGACCUGUGUCAACACCGUUGCUAUUCGCUUGAAAGAUAUCAGCAGCGUCCGUCUGAUUCGCGAUCCCUCUAUUGUCAAUACCGGCAACAAGAAUCAUGUUGUUCUGGCCAUUGACCUUGUAAAUCAUCCCGGCUCGGGCGAAGCGCGCGAUCCGGUUAUUUUAUCGACGCUGAUGGAUGACAUUGAUGUCGUUGCCGAGAAACUUCGGUUCGCAGUUGACAAUGCCAAGAAUUCCAAACCUGUGCCUUUGCAAACGAUGUAUGAUAUUCUGCAUCAUUUGUCGGCCGCCAAAAGCAAAUCAAAGAAUCAGCCUCAAGUGACUACCAUUAUCAAAUCUGAACCGAGCAAAGUGCGAUCGUCUCCUGACCUGUUCAGACAUAACCAUGCUUCAGCCGAUCUACAUUCAGCUGAUUCAGCAAAGCCACCGAUCCCCAGUAAAUCCACCGAGAAGAAGAAACGCGCGCACCGCAAGAGUUCAGGAUCAUCAAAGCCAGUCAUUCAACCAAAAUCGGCACUUGCAGCCGCCAUGAUGGCUGCCACAGUCACUGGAAGUAGUGGAUUCUUUGACGCCAAUAAAGUGGCACGGUUGGAAGAAGGACAUCGCCAAGCGCAAAAGCAAGGAAAAUCUAAGCAUCAUGAUCCGGAAUCAGAAAGCAAAUCAACCGAAGAUGAUCGUGCUAAAACUGCUUCUCCACCUUCCGAAAAGAGCGUGGAGGGAUCCAGUGGCAAAGAUGACGAUGAAUUGCCUUCGCAUAUUCAAGCACCUUCAGGGCCUUGUUCAUGCGAAUGUGAAGAUCACCUGGAGAAGCGCGAGGCGGAAGUGGAACUACCAAUAUCAGCCAAGGCACUGUACGAGCUGUUGUUCUCGGAGGAACAAGCAGGUGCUUCCGUGAAUGGAGGCAUCUGGGAACGUAAAUCCAUUGACAGCGGUUGUAAAGAUAUCCGUGUGACCGAAUGGAGUAACGCUGGAGGUCAAGAACAACGUUCGUUGAAAUAUAUCAUGCCUGUGAAUAACCCAAUGGUCAAGGUCAAGGAAACCGAAGUGAAUGAAACCCAGGUGCUGUUGCGAAAAGACGAUUACAUUCGCUACGUUGUUCAGAUUUCUACCAAAGCGGAUGCUUUGCCUUAUGCUGAUGCUUUCAUUCCUUCCAUUCGUUACUGUAUCACUUGGGUCAGCAAAUCGCAAUGCAAAUUAACGUGUCACAUGGGUGUCAAAUUUAUCAAGAGUUUGAUGGUCAAAGGUCUUGUCAGUAAAGCGGCUCUCAAAGGCAUGAGCGAAAGCAUUGCGAAAUUCGUGCCUCUCAUUGAAGAGGCGGCUAAUAACAUCAACGCAAAGAAGCACGGUGGGUCAAGUCAGCAACAAAAGGGCUUGUCCCAUGGUGCCUCUCUCAAACGCAGCGCCCACGUCAGUAUGAAGCGCAAGAAUACCUCUACAUCGGACGUUGCCCAACCGACAAGCGACAAUGGCUGGCUAGGAAUGCUAAAAGAUGGCGUGGAUCUGAUUCAGAAUCUAAUCACCAGUCUGCCUCUGUACGUGAAUAUCGGUCUUGCUGUGCUGUUCUUCCUGUAUAUGAUCAGUGUUUGGAUGCGUGCUGGCACGUCCAUUGAUCAUCUUGCAUCGGUACCUUCGAAUCAAAUCGUCUGGCGCGCUGUGUAUCUUCGUGACAUUGAAGACGGUUUGCUAAAGAGCAAAGUUCAACCUGCUUAUGCUGGAACCAAGAGCUUCCAGCAGUUUCUGGAGAUGAAGGCGUCCACGAAUGAAACUCACAUACGCCGUUGGCACAGCUCUCAGUAUCAUCAGUUGGCGGUGGAAUUGAUGUUCAGCAGAGAACGGGUGGCCAUGCUGCGUCACGACACACUGGUGAUUUUCCAACUGCUUAAUGAAGUGGACGCUCAUCUUUUAGAGAACGAAUACAUGAACUGGUUGCUCGAUUCGCGGCUGGAAUGCCAUGAUGCCAUUACUGCUGAGAAUGUUGACCGUUGCGAAGAAACAUACCACCAACUAAAAUCUCUUUCCCGUUAGAAGAUAAAACCGCAUACCUUCCAUGUUAGAAGGAAGGAGGUACCCUUUUUCUGUAAUUGUUUGUUAUCUUUUUAUAUUUUUGAAUACGAUUUCAUAAAAGAGGCAACAAUUAGAAUAAGCGAAAUUUGUGCAUGC